AUGAUUGAAAGGACCAGAUCAAACGUUGCUUUUGUUGCGGAACUCUCUAGAAGUAUUUUAAAUCCGACAAACAACUUCCACAUCGUGUUCGAUAACGUCAAACUUAACGCCGGAAAUGCGUACCAUCCCACUCACGGAAUAUUUGUCGCUCCAUAUCCAGGAAUCUACCAUUUUGCAGUCGAAAUUACAGCACCUCCUCAAAAUGCUGAUCACGGAAUGCAUGUUCGCAUCAUGAAGAAAACACAGGCUGUGGCUAUCACUUUUUUAGAUACCAACACGCACUCCUAUCUGCGCAGAACCGGAUCUGUUGUUCUACAGCUCACCACCGGGGAUGAUGUCUGGUGUCAAACUGAUUUCAUAGCUGGCAAUAACACAAUCUAUGGUGGAAAUACCUAUUCAAUGUUCUCUGGGUUCAUCAUUCAUCCGAUUUAUUAA